UGCAUGUGCAAAGUAGUUAUUUUGACAUUACUAGUAAAAUGGAAAAGGAGCUGUUGAUAAUCUUUAUGAUAGUCUCAGUUAUUCCGUGGUCCUUCAGUGCUACGGUCUCUAGUGCGAAAAAGAAGGAACCACCUAUAAAAGAUUGUACACGAGAUGUGAAAAACAAAUCGGAAAUGUGCCAUAAUACUACCCAAAUCCCAGUUCAACUAGUAAAUCAGACGGUUACUGCCAAGCCCAAGUUGGCAGAAUUUCAAAUAGAUGCACAUAAGACAAUCAGCAUCAGUAAAGAUGAUCUCAACGAUCUGUUGGAUGUUUAUAUGGACAAACUAGCCGAGAAUGCAGCCACGAUCCAUGACAAAGAGAACGAGAUAAUCAAUUUACAGUCCCGGAACAAAUCCGAUGAGGAUCAACUAAAAAAAUAUCAAGAGCAAUUGGAAACGUGUCAGAUACAAAAUACAACACUAACAAGCACGUUGAGCGCAAGGGAUGAACAGAUUAAGGGUCUGCUAUUGAAAACAAGUAUUUACGAGACGAGAUUAAAGCGAAAACAAAAUCUUUUGGCAUUGCAUAAGAAGCAAAAUGCAAGCAACGCAGCAGCGAUAAACGAGCUGAAAGCUCGAGUCAAAGUUUUGGCGUACAAGCUAAGGGAGAGGAAAGAUGAUCUAUUGGCCGACUGGGAGGCGGCAACAAAUAGUUGUUUGCCCCACAAUAAAAUAUCUGGAAUUCAUUUAAUGCAAUUGCCCGAUUUUCGACCGUUUUUGGUGGCCUGCGAGGGCAACGGCUGGACGGUGAUUCAGCGCCGCAUGGACGGAUCUGUGAAUUUCUAUCGCAAUUGGAAUGAAUAUCGCAACGGCUUUGGCAAACUGAACGGCGAGUUUUUCAUCGGGCUGGAAAAACUGCACAGGUUAACGGCAUUUCAGCCCCAUGAGCUUUUCGUAUCGUUGCGCCUCUUCAAUGGCAGCCAUCGCGUCGCUUUCUACGACGACUUUAUCAUUGGCAACGAGACUGAGGGCUACGAGCUGAAAUUACUGGGCAAUUUCCAUGGCAAUGCCAGCGAUGCAAUGCGCACACAUGACAAAAUGAAAUUCUCAACCUAUGAUCGGGAUCACGAUGAAUUCACUCACAUCAACUGCGCCGAAUAUCAUCACGGGGCGUGGUGGUACGACUUCUGCUCUCGCAGCAAUCUCAAUGGAAAAUACUUUAAAACACAAACGGACAAUGAACAAGGAAUCUUUUGGGAUCAAUGGUACAGCUUCAAGUCGUUGAAGUCUGUGCAAAUGCUGAUACGACCAAAGAAUGUUAAAAUUUAAAUAAAUUUGAUAUCAAACAUUAAAUGACCGAAGAUCAUUGUGCCGAGCGAUAAGUGCCACAAUUAUUUCCACACCCAUUGGCAGACGAAUCAAUGAUGCAAUUAAUUUUCCAUUCAUUCCAUUUCAUUGCCACAAUAAGAUCAUUUCAAUUAGGUUGGUGCAUUAUUCUGUGGAAAUGAGCAUCGGAAAUGGGUCUUUGAAAUUAAUAGGUUUGUAUACUCGUAUACUGAUGCCUUGUCGUUAUUUCAUUAUCUGAUUUAUCAAUAAAUAUAGCUG